AUAAGCAGUUGGUGGGGAGGGCAGUGUGUGGGGAUCUCAUAGCUGGAGGAUGCUGCGACCAAAAGCUCUGACCCAGGUCCUCAGCCAAGCCAACACUGGGGGUGUACAGAGCACUCUACUGCUGAACAAUGAAGGCUCUCUACUUGCAUAUUCUGGUUAUGGUGACACAGAUGCCAGAGUUACAGCUGCUAUUGCUAGCAACAUUUGGGCUGCCUAUGAUAAAAACGGACAUCAGGCAUUCAACGAGGACAAUCUUAAAUUCAUCCUUAUGGACUGCAUGGAAGGCCGUGUGGCAAUCACAAGGGUGUCUAACUUGCUGCUGUGCAUGUAUGCCAAGGAGUCUGUUGGGUUUGGAAUGUUGAAAGCCAAGGCCCAAGCCUUAGUGCAUUACCUGGAGGAACCCCUGAACCAGGUCUCUGCUUCCUAGGAGCGGCCGUAGCAUCUGGAAAACGACUAAAUAACUUUAAAACCAAGAACAAGCGUUAACGCAAACUGUUCUCUGGAGAGUGCAGUAAUCUGGUGUCGACAGAUGAGACACUCAUUACAGCACUUCAUUCCUAAAACUGAUCGGCUGCUGAGUGAAACCCAUCUGCACCCUCCCUUCCUUGCUAUUGCUCUGUGUGUUUGUUGCUGGUGAUUCAUGUAACUGGCUUUUGAUCUCUUUGGUUAACUUCCUAGUGUGAACCUCUCUGUAGAAAGCCAAGAAUUCCUAAAGAUUAAAAUAAAAAUAAAAAAACCCUAAAGUAGGAUGUAUGAGUCUGUGUGAACCUUUUCAGAGACAUCCAGCUCGGUUUUUGGGAUAGUAAGCUUGGAUUGAUUUUUAUAGCCCAUGGAAGUACCUCUUGUUGGGAAGCUUACUUUAUGUGGUUCACAAAAGCAAUCUCCCUCUAAGAUCUGGCUCUAAGAUUUGAUAGAUAACAGAGUGUACAGCAUCUGUCAUUGCAUGUAAUUUCCAACAGGAAGUAGGAUACAUUAUGUACAGUCUGCACUUCCUGUUGCAUCUUUAAGCUACUUCCUGCUGAAACAUGUAUCUUGUAAUGGAAAAAGGCCUCCGUGAGUGAUAAAUAUUACAUUAUAGAAUUGAUGGACUGUGAUAACGUGCACUAGUGAUUGUCACGGACUAUAGGAGAGGCCUGCAUUUGGUACCACGCUUAUUCUGUCUUCCAUUGAGAUGUAACUGCUGGGUAGUCGGUAUGCUGUCCAAUAAACUAGGAUAUUACCAGUGCAGCAUUCUCCCUCCUAAAUCUAUCGGCCUCACAGACUUGUAUUUUAUAAAUGCCUUAUUCACAAAAUGAACCCACCCCAGUCAUCCAACUCCUUUUGGAACUGGGAAUAUUAUUUGGUAAACGUAUGUCCAUUAAACAUUCAUAGAAACACCACCAAGACAUCAAUGUCUGUUGAAUAUCUCCAUUCAGUUUAAUUUUGGUAAGAUAUAAUUUUACCCAGGA